GAUCAAAUAGACUAUCAUGAGCUACCUUGCAACCACAAGCGUAUAUCGGCCGGGCCGUCCGCGGAUUACCUAGCCUUUCCUGAACUAGGAAAUUUAUCCCUCCAAUGAUGGAGGCUCCGGUGAUGCAAAUGACCAUGUGCUUUGGCAGGGUGUCAACGCUCUUGUAUCCUACCGGAGGAGGGUGUAGGUUUCGAGCAGGUAAUCAUCUUGAGAGCCACGAUAUCAAAUCCCGAUCUUGCUCCGACCGAUCCGUUCAACAUUGGUGUCGCGGCUGUGGCGGAAAUAUUCCUUUGUGAUCACGGGACACCUAAUCGGUUUCAAACGAACGGUUUCCAGCUGACGACGCAAGGUGGUAUGCGCCCUUGAUAAUCAGCAAA